AUGUCCUGUAAUCCUGCAAAGAGCCCAUGUCCCCCGAGUUGCCCGAAAGUCAAGGAACAGCUCCGCAUCGCAAUCAAUUUAAUUAAUACUUUGCGUAAACGUUGCAAACCCUCGCAAAUUGAAACAGUCAAGGAAUUGCCUAAUGUGACGGACGGGAUUUUUCCGCGGGAGAAGAACGAUGUGAAACCACGACUUCCGCCGGACGUUAUUUCGAGAGACAUACCCGACGAGGCGGCGCAUGUUGAUAAAGUGCCCGUCGAUCGUGACGUGCGACCUGAAGUGUUAAAAGACGUGGAAACGGAACCCUCGGUUUCCGAGGAAUUUCCGACUCGGGAACCGACUGUCGUCCCCACAGAAAAGACCGCUGAUGACGUUGGAGAGAAAAUUUAUUUAAUUGAAAAAGAGAAAUUAACAGAACCCACGAUCGUCCAGGAAGAAACUGUUACAGUGGAAAGGAUAGAUCGUAAUGAAAAAAGAAAUGAUUUUGUUGAAGAAAAGGAAUUGGUGCCAGGACCCGCCGUCCCAAAAGAAACUGUCACUCCAACAGAAAGGCUAGCAGAUCGCGAUGAAACGAAAAUUGGUCUUGUUGCGGAAAAGGAACUGGUUGAAGAACCCACAAUUAUCCCGGAAGAAACUGUUACUCCAACAGAGAAAAUAGUAGAUCUUGAUGAGAAGAAAAUUGAUUUUGUCGAGGAAGAAGCUGUCACUCCGCCAACAAAGAUAGAUUGGGAGGAAGAGAAAAUCGAUUUAAUUACAGAGGAGAAAUUAGACAAAAAACCCGUGACUGUCCAGGAAGAAACUGUCAUUCCGACGGAAAGGACAGCAGAUCGCGAUGAUGAGAAAAUCGAUUUCGUCGAAGAGGAGGACAGAGCCGUUGAGGGAAUCGCAGCGGAACCCGUACGAAAAGUUCCGAUUACGAUCGAGGAACCUGAAAUUAUCGAAGACGAAAUGAAAUUGGCGCCAACAACAAAGAUUGAAUUGGAGACGUCGCGGGAAUUGGAAGAGCAGUUCGAGCCGGAGGAGCGCAUGGAAUAUGGCGAAGAGGAGGAGAGCGUCACUGACUACGAGAAAUUUAUCGACGAGGAAUUGCAGGAGUCUCUGCCCGCUGUAAUAGCGAGGGAAAUUCCGGAGGAGCCGAGGGCGGUGCGUCGUGAAAUUUCCAGGAAUGCGGCCACCUUGUACGAGAGAAUCGAUCGCGAAAGACCUGUCAGACCACCGAGGGAGCGAGAAGCGGUGACCGCAAUGCCUGAAGAACGACCGGCUGAGGAAGAAGUAUCUGCAAGGCGGGCCCUCGAAAGCUCGACGACAGAGCAGAUCGUCUCGCGCAAGCCUGAGAAAGACGCUUGCGAGGAAACAUGUCCUUUGGCGAAGGAGCAGAAAGAACGCAUUAUGCGCAAAUUGAAGGUACGGCAGCGGGUCGUAGAUCAUUAUUAUCUGACGAAGGGCUUCAGCUACUUCGAGGACGUAUGCACGUGCUCUCUGGCUUGCAUGGUGUACACUUUGAGCAGAGAUCCGUUCGUGAAGAGCAUAUUCGCGUCUCUCGCAUUGUUCGCCGUCGGACUGAAGCUGUGCUCCGAACUGGAUGCGUGGGAGAUGCCGAGUCGCGUUUCAUAAGAUCUGAAAUAGCGAUAUCUCAACCGACGCGUAAUCUUCACCCGACUCUCUCUCUCUCUCUCUCUUUCUCUCGUAGAAACGCGACGGCUUAAGAUUAACGAGACACCGUUAAUCAUAUGAUGUAUGGUGACUUGUUUAUUCAAUAUACAGCUAUGUACAGUU